AUGGACGGUGUGCUGAAAAGGCCUGUGUGGUGGAGUAAGGACAAAUUUAAUGGGGACCACAAGGAAAUAGAGGCAUUAAACAAAGACUUGAUAGAGUUAAAGGCCAAUGGUGGGGACGAAAUGAGCAAUAGCCACGAGGAGUAUAUCAAGCAAAGAUUGAAUGAACUCCUGGAAAAAGAAGAAACAUUCUGGCUUCAAAGGUCAAGAAUAAACUGGUUAAGAGAGAGGGAUAGAAAUACUGCUUUUUUUCACCACAGGCUUUACAAAAUGAUGAAUAACUUCCUCCUUACCGAGUUUAUAGCCGAGGAUAUGUAUGAUGUAGUUAAACAAAUCCAUCCCACAAAAGCACCAAGAUCCGACGGUAGGUUGGAUGAUAUUAACAAUACAAACAUAGUCCUUAUCCCUAAAGUGAAAGACCCUAAAAGUAUGUCACAGUUUCGGCCUAUUAGCAUUUGUAAUGUUAUUUAUAAGAUCAUUGCUAAAACUCUUGCUAAAAGGCUAAAACAUAUACUCCCUUCCCUUGUAAGCGAAAAUCAGAGUGCAUUCGUCCCAAGGAGGCUUAUAACCGAUAAUGUCCUUAUAGCCUACGGGAUUUUACACAUUCUGAAACUAAAGAAAAAAGGAAAGGAAGGAUGGGGAGCGGUAAAAUUAGAUAUAAGCAAAGCUUAUGACUGGAUUGAACGGAGCUUUCUAAAAAUUAUGAUGGAAAGAUUAGGUUUCAGUGAGAAGUGGGUGUCCAUUAUCAUGCGCUGUAUUUCCUCAUUCACAUAUAGGGUGAUUCUUAAUGGCACAGUUACUAACCUUAUUCAUCCAGAAAAGGCUGGGGGGAAUCUUAAAGGUUUUAGAGCUAGCGUGAAUGGCCCAAGGAUCAAUCACCUCUUUUUCACAGGUAAUAGUUUGCUUUUCAUUAAGGCAAACCAAAGGGAAUGCGAAAGAGUGAAGCGCUUGCUAAAGAUCUAUGAGGAUGGGUCGAGGCAGACAAUCAUCUAUGAUAAACCGGUUUGUUUUUCAGCCGAAACACUAGAGAUGAUAUAA